AUGUAUAAUUUCGUAUAUAAAAAAGUUGUAAUAUCCUAUCGUUCGCUUACAUAUCCUAAUAAAUUAGUGUUACCUGAUAUUAGUGUUUACAUGAAAGAUUCGUUCAUGACUUCGCUGAAUAAAAAAGACGUUGGCAGGCAUGCAACAUGUUUUAAAAUAAGCUCCAAGUUGCUUCCCAUCACGACACCAAAACAUAAACAAGAUACUAAAAAACAUGCAUGGCAAACUAAUUUAAAUUUAUUGGUUGGAGUUGUUAUGUUUUCAGUGAUUAGAGAUUCCAUCAAUAUGAUUUUGAUGAACCAGUAG